CAUGUGGCAUCGGCGAGUGCCGAACGAUCCAGUUGCGAGAGAUUAGUUUUGCUACGUAAUGCUUGUUGCUUUGCUCGGUUAAUAAUUGAAUUAUUUUGGUUAAUAUUGCAUUUGAAGUGAUGAUUUUUUUCGUCAAUAAUGUGUUCAGUUUUAAGUGAUAUACGAGUUGAUUAAUUACAAGUGCAAAUUUGUAUAAACACGACGAGAUCUAUUAUUUCGUUUUUAAGGUUAGUUUUUGCUAUUGCGCAGUAUAACUUAUUCAGGUUUAUUAGUCUUGAUAAAUAAAUCAAAAUGGAUAAAAAUACAGAUUUGAAUAUUAUGGACAAAUCGAUGAGAUCGGUGUUUGUGGGAAAUAUUCCGUAUGAAGCAACCGAGGAAAAAUUGAAAGAUGUUUUUAGUGAAGUGGGUCCUGUCAUAUCGUUAAAAUUAGUUUUUGAUCGUGAAAGUGGAAAACCAAAAGGAUAUGGAUUUUGUGAAUAUAAAGAUCAAGAAACUGCCUUGAGUGCGAUGAGAAAUUUGAACGGCUAUGAAAUCGGAGGUAGAACUUUACGAGUCGAUAAUGCUUGUACGGAGAAAUCUCGAAUGGAAAUGCAGCAGCUGUUACAAGGACCACAGGUAGAAAAUCCCUACGGAGACCCUGUCCCAUCUGACAAAGCGCCGGAAGUAAUCAGCAAAAUUGUAGCUAGUCUUCCUCCGGAAAGAUUACUUUUGAUAAUGAAGCAGCUCACUGAGUGCCAUCAACAAAAUCCCGAAGAGACUCGAAACAUGCUCUUGAAAAACCCGCAAAUUUCAUAUGCUAUACUGCAAGCGCAAGUCGUAAUGAAGUUAAUCGACCCGAAGGAUGCAGUCAAGUUCUUAUAUGAUCCCAAUGCCACGCCUAAGGUACUGCAGAGAUCCGAUAUUCCCGAACAACAAGAACACUCAUUGCCGCCGCUUAUGUCGAAUCCUAUGUAUAUGCAACAAACUGUGCAAGAUGUGGACUUCAGGAACCUCGACAACCGUCGCGGAGCAGGUUUUGAUCCGAGAAUGAGCCGGGAGGUUUCGAUGGCGGUAGCGGUAACUUUGCAAUGAAUAGGUCCGCAACAGAUCAUCGGCGCCGGCAGUUCGCCGAUAAAUACAUUUUCAUCACAAAGACCCGGUAUGCCGACGAACAUUCCACCUCCAAAUCGUGCAAUGCCUCCCCCUGUCCGUGGGGUGGAUCCCCCGCGGAUUAUAGACCCGCGCAGCACUCGGCCGCCCCUCGGCGCUCUGUCACCCACGCAGCCGUCGGGCGUCUCCUCCGCCAGUCAACAGGCAGGGGGAACGAGUGCGGCAGGACAGGCUGCGGCAGUGGCUGCAGGCCUUGGAGGCUUAGGAGGCCUGUCGCUCCCUAACCUCAUGGCCGCCGGUGUGGGGCCCGGCGCCUCCGAUCAGGAGAAAGCCGAGUUAAUCAUGCAAGUUUUGCAACUGUCAGACGAACAAAUUGGCAUGCUCCCUCCGGAGCAGCGGACUAGUAUAUUAGUGCUCAAAGAUCAAAUCGCCAAAAGCACGCAGCGAUAAUUGAUUUCGAAUCGCUUGUGAACUGUUUAUUAUUGAACGCUUAUUAUCCGAAGACUGCGUAC